AUGAAGGCGUUAAUGCCAAACAAAGUUUCUGAUUCAACAUCGGUUGAUUCAGUCAAACCUCUUCAACAAGAUAACAAUUUAGCUCGUAUUAAUUUACCCCAAUUCAAUGGCGAUAUAGAUUCCUGGUUGGAAUUUAUUUCUAUAUUUGACAGCCUUGUCCAUUCAAAACAUAUGGACAAUAUUUGCAAAUUUCGUUACCUUAAAACCUCGUUGAAAGGGGACGCUGCAGCAGUGAUUUCUGGGUUUGCCUUAACUAGCGAAAACUAUCCAUUAGCAUACGAAGCAUUACGUUUUCGCUACAACAAUAAAAGGCGCAUAGCCAGUUUUUAUUUACAAAAAAUUUUAGAGUUCAAGACAACCCAUUUGUCUAAUUUAAAUAAUUUAAAUUCAUUUCUCACCACUCAUGAAACUGCAGUAAAAUCUAUUCGCUCUAUGGAUUUACCAGAUUUAAUUGAUUUCAUUUUUUUCAACCUAACACUAAAUAAUCUGGACACUAAUAUGCGCCGUGAAUUUGAAUUACGUCAUUCAGACAAGGAGAUUCCGUCAUACACGGAUUUAAUCACAUUUGUUACUAAUCAGCUUCGCUCAUUAGAGUUGCAAUUACCCACUACUCGCCCUAGUAGCUCAACGUUUCCAAAAGCAAACAAACCCAAAUCAUUUUUAGUAAACACCGCUCACAACACUAACAAAAUUUCUUCAUUUAAACAAAACUCAAUUUCAAAGUGUUCUCAUCUUCGAAGCCAAUGUGCUUCUAAAAAUGUAUGUCGCAAGUGUGAUUCUAAUCAACAUCACACUACCCUUCAUCCUGGGUUUCAAUCACCGGUCACGUCGGCAACCAAAGCCACCGUUUCGGACUUGAAUGCGUCUCCCUCAACCUCAAUCACUCAACCCCCUCACAGCACCGGUAACGACAUCCCGGCGCUGUCAUGUACUUCAUAUGCCCAAAACCCACAAGGGGUCUUACUGGGCACAGCGCAAAUUUUAAUUAAUACCCACAGUGGUAAUUAUUUUUCUGUUCGGGCACUUGUGGACCCUGGCUCCCAAGUGUCAAUUAUUUCAUUAUCAUGUUGUCGUGCUCUUGGUUUGCCUAUUAAACCCACUUCAACUCAAAUUUCUGGUAUUGGCGCCACCGAAACCUCUUGUCAUGGUACGGUUUCGUGUAUUUUAAAGUCAAAAUAUUCUGACAUAAAAGUCUCUACAAUUGCAUAUGUCAUGUCUACUAUUUCGUUAAAUUUACCUUCAGUUGAAUUGUCUCAAGAAGUCAUCAGUCGCUUCACGUCACUCAAAUUGGCAGAUAGCCAAUUUUAUAAAUCAUCCCCCGUGGAUUUCUUAAUAGGGGCAGAUUUGUUCCCCUCUAUAUUGUCAUGUACGGAUUCUCAAACUAUUCAGGGAUUCCCUUCCGCCAUAAACAGUAUUUUUGGGUGGUUAAUUAUCGGUCCUGUUGAGGGCAACCCCCCUACUCAACCCAUUUCACUUCUGAGCACUGCUCAAAUAAGUGAUCAUUUACAAAAUUUUUGGGAAACUGAAGAAGUUUCGGUUUCCAUCCCCUCAAAUCCUUCAGAUAUUUUGGCGGAACGCCAUUUUAAAGACACGCAUUCGCGUGACUCAACGGGUCGAUACAUUGUCGCUCUUCCGUUUCGUCCAGGCAGCCUCCCUGCCCUUUUCAACAAGGAGCGUUCACUCGCUUCCUUUAUUAAUUUGGAAAAAAGAUUGUCUAAAUUUCCUGAAAAAUACAAGGCGUAUACCGAAUUCAUGGAUGAAUACAUUUCAUUAUGUCACAUGUCAAAGGCAACUAACUCAUCAGGUUAUAUAAUUCCCCAUCAUUGUGUCACUAAGGACACUAGUACAUCCACCAAAUUACGUGUUGUUUUUAACGCAUCGGACCCAGGUUAUAACAAAAUUUCUUUAAAUUCAUUAUUGUUGGCCGGUCCUAAAUUACAAAACGAUAUCUCGGAUAUCCUUUAUUCAUUCCGUUUUAACGCAAUAGCCUUGUGUUCCGAUAUACGUCAAAUGUAUCGACAAAUUUUGGUACGUCCAGAAGAUCGCAUUUAUCAGCAUAUAUUUUACCGACCAUCCACUGAAUCCGACGUCGUUGAAUUUGAACUAAAUACCGUAACAUACGGCUUAGUUCCUUCCGCUUUUCUUGCACAAAGGUGUCUAAAACAAUUAGUUAUCGACGAAGGCAAUCAUUAUCCUUUGGCUUCUCAAGCCCUUCUGCACAACACUUACGUUGAUGAUAUUAUUACUGGUGCUUCGUCUCCUGAACAAGCCAAAACUUUAAUGACACAAUUACAAACUUUAAUGAGUAGGGGAGGUUUUGAGUUGCGAAAAUGGACUAGCAACGAUCCUUCUAUAUUAACUGAUCUCCCUGUAGAUCACAUCGAGACGCCAUUUAUGUUCGAAACGGAGACUGUGUUCAAAAUACUUGGGCUGCUGUGGGACCCAAACACAGAUAGUUUUCUAUUUCAAUUCAAAUCAUUCGAAAACGUUUUGACAAAACGCACUUUGCUUUCCCAUGUGGCAGGAGUGUAUGAUCCUUUGGGUUUUUUAGCACCUAUUACCUUUAGCUUGAAGUGUAUUCUGCAAAAGUUAUGGUUAGAUCACUCAGGGUGGGACGACCCCGUACCUCCACAUAUUCGUCAAAUUUGGGACCUCCAUCAACAAAACAUGUAUCUCGUAGCUCAAAUUCGCAUUCCCCGUUUUAUUGCUCCUUCAGAAAGUAGGUCGGUAUGGUUGGCCGGUUUCUCUGACGCUAGUCAGCUUGGAUACGCUGCUGUGCUUUAUCUCUGUUGUGAUGAUGGAUAUUCAAUAACAUCCAAUUUAUUUGCUGCUAAAACUAAGGUAGCUCCAUUGAAAACCCUGAGCAUACCGCGCCUGGAACUCUGCGGAGCACUUCUGCUUAGCAAACUCGUCUCGUCUGUCCGUCAAACUAUGCCGAAUUUGUUCAAAAUUCCCCCACGUCUAUUCACCGAUGCUCACAUCGUUUUAUAUUGGCUCAACACUCCUCCACAUUUACUCAAAGUUUACGUUGCCAAUCGUGUUGUAGCCAUUCAACAAAUUACUCAACACAUGUGCUGGUCAUAUAUUCACACUUCUGUCAACCCUGCUGAUAUCGCAUCUCGUGGACUGACCCCUGAUCAGUUUUGCAAACCAACUCAACAUAACUUGUGGUUUCACGGACCAUCGCUAAUUUCGGAGCCUCUCAGUCAAUGGCCUCCUCCUUUUACGGAUACAAUUUCCAAUAUUGCUGAGCUGCCUGAAAUUAAACCCUUGGCUCUCGCAGCCAAUUUAAUUACUCCGGAUCAAAUGUUAGAAUUGUUUUCUCACUUUUCGUCAUGGACGCGUUUGAUCCGAGUUGUCGCAUGGAUGCUUCGUUUCAUCAAACAGUGUAAAGCACGCCUACAGCAUCUAGAACCCAUUUCUGGUCCGUUGUCCAUCACUGAAUUAGAUUUUGCGAAAAUCAAAAUCAUUCAUAUAACUCAAAAAUAUUAUUAUUCUUCCGAAAUUCGUUUGUUAUCCGCUCAUAAAGCUCUUAAAGGCAGUCUCAGCUCGCUCAGUCCGUUUUUAGAUUCUUCUUCCAUAAUUAGAGUGGGUGGUCGCCUCAACCGCUCCCCACUCUCUUCAGCUUCCAAGCACCCCAUUUUGUUGCCCAAAUUGGCACACAUAUCUCAAUUAAUAUGCGUUCAUGCUCAUUUGUGUUCUCUUCAUUCUGGGCCCAGAGCAGUCCAAGCUUCUGUUCAAGCCGUUUAUUGGAUUCCCGGGCUUCGUGGUCUUGUUCGGAAAGUGAUCCGUAACUGUCCCACAUGCUACAGAUUCCGUGCUGUGCCCUUCGCGCCUCAAAUGGCCGCUUUACCCGAAUCUCGUGUCACCCCCUCGAAACCAUUUUCUCAUACUGGAGUCGACUUCGCCGGUCCAUUCAUUGUUAAAUCCGGCAACCCACGUAAACCUCGUUUAACAAAAGGUUAUCUCUGCAUUUUUGUGUGUUUUUCCACAAAAUGUGUCCAUCUUGAGUUCGCUUCAGAACUCACUACUCAAUGCUUUCUAGCAGCACUGGAUCGAUUUGUAGCUCGUCGAAGUCUUCCAUCCGACAUAUAUUCCGAUCAAGGUCGGAAUUUUCUUGGCGCCUCACGCCUUUUAAAUGAAAUUUCUAUUUUCUUACAAGAAAAUCGCGAGAACAUCUCCGAUUAUUUGUCUCUUAAAAGUGUACAAUGGCAUUUCAACUGUGCAUAUGCACCCUGGUUCGGGGGUUUAUGGGAAGCUGGCGUCAAAUCCGCCAAAUCGCUCCUCAAACGCAUGUUCAAGGAAUCUUCCUAUUCCGUUGAAGAUUAUUUCACGAUAUUCACCCGCAUUGAAGCGGUGUUGAACAGUCGCCCACUGUGCGAUCUGCCUGCUGAUCCUUCUGAGGCAUCGUCUUAUUUAACCCCUGGACACUUUCUUACCGGCACCCCCUUGACCUCGUUGCCCGAACGUUACCCACCUUGUGAACAGCCCGUUCGUGACCGUUGGUUGAACCUACGACGCUUGGUUCAAAGUUUUUGGAAGCGUUGGUCAAAAGAGUAUUUAAAUACUUUAAUUCAAAGAAACAAAUGGAAAUCGCCUGCCGCCACCCCUGAGGUUGGGAAUGUCGUAUUAGUAAAAGGGGAUCAAACUCCCCCACUUUCUUGGCCUAUUGGUCGUAUAAUCAGACUUCACAUGUCUGCAGACGGUAUACCUCGUGUUGCCGAUUUAAAACUUGCGGAUCAGCAAGUAGUUACUCGGGCGGUCGCCAGACUGCUUCCACUGCGUGGGUCGAUCGAGUAG